AUGUCCCAUCCUCAAACAACAACCCACUUACACUCCCUUAAUGACCCAGAAACAUUCUGGUCUCAUCACGCGGCCAGACUCCAUUGGCACCGAAAGCCUUCACGUGCCCUAACACGGCAGACAAAGUCCCUAAGCGGAACGGAGCAUGAGCAUUGGUCGUGGUUUGCCGACGGGGAGAUCUCCACAACCUACAAUUGUGUCGACCGACAUGUGCUCGCAGGCCACGGCGAUAAUGUUGCGAUUGUAUGGGAAUCACCAGUUACCGGUAUAACGGAGAAGUAUACCUAUGCCCGCCUACUCGAUGAGGUUGAGGUUCUUGCCGGUGUGCUUAGGGAGGAAGGAGUACAGAGGGGCGAUAUUGUUAUUAUUUACAUGCCAAUGAUCCCCGCGGCUCUAAUAGCCGCAUUAGCAAUAACCCGUUUAGGUGCAAUCCACGCCGCCGUCUUCGGAGGCUUUGCCCCGCAAGCUCUAGCACAGCGCAUCGAGGCCGCGCGUCCGAGAGCUAUAAUGACAGCUUCAUGUGGAAUAGAAGGGUCCAAGGGGCCCAUUUCCUACCGACCGCUCGUUGAGAGUGCCAUCAACGCAAGCAGCUUCAAGCCGAGCAGGGUGAUUGUCUGGCAGCGUGACCAACUACGCUGGAAUCAGCCCGAUAAGCGUGGUGGGCAGCGUAAUUGGCAGAGAAUCGUCAAGAGCGCGCGCUUCCGUGGGGUUAAGGCUGGACCUGCUCCUGUUAAGAGUACGGACGCAAUUUAUAUUAUUUAUACAAGUGGAACAACUGGCCUCCCCAAAGGCGUUCUCCGAGAAGCAGGUGGACAUGCCGUGGGUCUGGAACUCUCCAUAAAAUCCCUCUUCGGGAUAAAAGGCCCCGGUGAUACGAUGUUCUGCGCAUCCGACAUAGGCUGGGUUGUCGGACACUCGUACAUCCUCUAUGCGCCGCUGCUAGUCGGCGCCACAACCGUCAUGUUUGAAGGCAAGCCUGUUGGUACGCCGGAUGCAGGAAUAUUCUGGCGCAUCGUCGAGAAACACAACGUGAACGCCCUCUUCACGGCACCAACUGCCAUGCGAGCUAUCCGGAAAGAUGACCCAGACAACCAGCUUAUUGACGAGGUCGGGAAACGCGGCGGAUUGAAAUCUCUCCGUGCAGUUUUCCUCGCCGGUGAGCGUAGCGAGCCGAGUAUUGUUCGCUCAUACCAAGAUCUCCUUGGUAAGUAUGCAGCGGACAAUGCGCUUGUUAUUGAUAACUGGUGGUCAUCUGAAUCCGGAUCCCCGAUUACAGGUGUUGCGUUGAAUGGGAGUGCUGCCGUCGCUAGUCUGGCAUCUGGGACAGAUCAUUCUCCCCUCACGCCCCGUCCCGGCUCAGCAGGUUUCCCAAUGCCUGGCUUUGACGUCCGCAUUGUCAACGACGAAGGGAGUGAAGUCCCACGCGGCAAAAUGGGAAAUAUCGUUAUGGCGUUACCACUCGCCCCAUCGGCAUUCACGACCCUCUUCGAAGACGAAGAUCGCUUUUACCGCGGAUAUCUUAAGCGGUUUAAUAGUCGCUGGGUCGAUACCGGUGAUGCGGGGAUGGUUGAUAAGGAUGGGUACGUGCAUGUUAUGUCGCGGAGUGACGAUAUCAUCAAUGUAGCCGCGCAUCGGUUCAGCACCGGAUCCAUUGAGCAAGCAAUCCUUUCGCACCCAUUGGUCAGCGAAGCAAGCGUUGUCGGCAUCCCAGACCCACUUAAGGGCCACCUUCCAUUUGCAUUCAUCCAUCUUAAAGCCGGCACGAGCCCGAGGGAAACCGGACCUCUUCCGGCAACACCGAGCCCGCAGUUAUUUUCCGAAAUUAACGCGCUGGUCCGCGAGCAGAUUGGGGCUAUUGCAUCGCUGGGUGGUAUUAUACAGGGUCGGGGGAUGAUUCCUAAGACGCGGAGUGGUAAGACGCUUAGGCGAGUUCUUAGGGAGCUUGUUGAACUUGGGGUGAAGGGCGAGUAUGCAGCGGCGGUUAGUGUGCCGCCUACUGUUGAAGAUGCUGAGGUUGUCUCUGUUGCGAGGAAAAGAGUUAGGGAGUAUUUCGAGGAGAAGCAGAAGACAAAUGGUGUCGCGAAGACGAAGCUUUAG